AGGGAGGAGGGCCCGAGCGGGCUGGGCGCCGCCGCGGGAGGUUCUGGAAAAGCCGGGAGCGGCGCGUGUCCGGGCGCCGAGACUUGUAACUAGUUAAUUAAUUCAACAAACGGACCCUUCUGCGUAUCAGAAACUGCAAGGAGUUGCUAGCCCAGUGGGGCAGGCGGACUGGAAGACCAGGAAAGGCCAGGCCCCUGGCAGUGUGACACUGCCCUCUGUGACCAUGAAAUUCUGGGCAUCUAUGUUGCUGGUGGCCUGGUUUGGUGUCCUGGGCUGUGUGCAGGCUGAAUUCUUUACUUCUAUUGGGCACAUGACAGACCUGAUUUAUGCAGAGAAGGACCUGGUGCUGUCCCUGAAGGAGUACAUCUUGGUGGAGGAAGCCAAGCUCUCUAAGAUUAAGAGCUGGGCCAACAAAAUGGAAGCCCUGACCAGCAAGUCAGCUGCUGACCCUGAAGGCUACCUGUCUCACCCUGUGAAUGCCUAUAAACUGGUGAAGCGACUAAACACAGACUGGCCUGCGCUGGAGGACCUUGUCCUGCAGAACUCAGCUGCAGGCUUUAUUGCCAACCUGUCAGUGCAGCGACAGUUCUUUCCCACUGAUGAAGAUGAAACAGGAGCUGCCAAGGCCUUGAUGAGACUUCAGGACACAUACAGACUGGACCCAGACACAAUUUCCAAAGGGGAGCUUCCAGGAACCAAGUACCAGGCAGUGCUGAGUGCAGACGACUGCUUUGGGAUGGGCCGCUCGGCCUACAAUGAAGGAGACUAUUACCACACAGUGCUGUGGAUGGAACAGGUGCUGAAGCAGCUCGAUGCAGGGGAGGAGGCCACCACAUCCAAGGCCCAGGUGCUGGACUAUCUGAGCUAUGCCGUCUUCCAGUUGGGUGACCUGCACCGUGCCCUGGAGCUCACCCGCCGACUGCUCUCCAUUGACCCGAGCCAUGAACGAGCUGGAGGGAAUCUACACUACUUUGAACGGUUGUUGGAGGAAGAAAGAGAAAAUAUAUUAUUGAAUCACACAGAAGCUGAGCUAGCACCCCAGGAGGGCAUAUAUGAGAGGCCUGUGGACUACCUGCCUGAGAGGGAUAUCUACGAGAGCCUCUGUCGUGGGGAAGGUGUCAAACUGACACCCCGAAGGCAGAAGAGGCUUUUCUGUAGGUACCACCAUGGCAACGGGACGCCACAGCUGCUCAUCGCCCCUUUCAAAGAGGAGGAUGAGUGGGAUAGUCCACACAUCGUCAGGUACUACGAUGUCAUGUCUGAUGAGGAAAUCGAGAGGAUCAAGGAAAUUGCAAAACCCAAACUUACACGAGCCACUGUUCGUGAUCCCAAGACAGGUAUUCUCACUGUUGCCAGCUACAGAGUUUCCAAAAGCUCCUGGCUGGAGGAGGAGGAUGACCCUGUUGUGGCUCGGGUGAAUCUUCGGAUGCAGCACAUCACAGGCCUAACAGUAAAGACUGCAGAAUUGUUGCAGGUUGCUAAUUAUGGAAUGGGAGGACAGUACGAGCCACACUUUGACUUCUCUAGGAAGGAUGAGCAAGAUGCUUUCAAGCGUUUAGGGACGGGGAAUCGUGUGGCCACCUUCUUAAACUACAUGAGCGAUGUGGAAGCUGGUGGUGCCACUGUCUUUCCUGAUCUGGGGGCUGCACUUUGGCCUAAGAAGGGCACGGCUGUAUUCUGGUACAACCUUCUGCGGAGCGGGGAAGGUGACUACAGAACGAGACAUGCUGCCUGCCCCGUGCUUGUGGGCUGCAAGUGGGUCUCCAAUAAGUGGUUCCAUGAACGAGGACAGGAGUUCUUGAGGCCAUGUGGAUCAACAGAAGUUGACUGACAUCCUUUUCUGCCCUUCACCUCCCUGGCCCCACAGCCCAUGUUGUCUUCAAGUUCAACGUGACAGACCCCCUCUACUUUCCAGCCUUUGUCAGGCGGGUGUUUGGAGGCGUGAAUAUUUGGAGCAGAGAAGGUCCUGGGGAAGGGCCUGGGUGACUUGGGUCCCAGCCUUACCAGUCAGCUAUCUCUGGCCACAAGGGUAGGUAGGGUUGGAGCAGAGUCAGGUGGUCUAGCACCUAGCAAGGUGCUUUUUGUACCUCAGAUGCUUUCGGUGUGAGAUGUUUCAGUGAACCAAAGUUCUGAUACCUUGUUUACAUGCUUGUUUUUAUGGAAUUUCUAUUAAUGUGGCUUUAACCAAAAAAUAAAAUGUCCCUGC